GAGCAGCCAUGGCGAACGUAAUGCUGACGAGCGAGGCGGCGAAGGACCCCAACAAGCCUUUUGCGCUGCGCGUGGAGGACGUUUGUGCCAAGUUUGACGAACUCGUUUCGGAAUGCCUGACGCUCGUGCAGUCCGAGGAGCAGUUCCCUGAAGGCGAGGGCCAAGCGGGUGUGGAGGACGAGGUGGUCAAGAAGCUCGAGCAGUUCAACUCGGUGUGCGACGAGCUGUACAAGGAGAUACUCCGACGAAAGGAAAAGCUGCUGUAUCUAAUGGAGAAGAGCCCAAAGAACGUGGAUCUGCAUCGACAGAUCCAGACAGCAGGCAAUUUAGCUCAAGUAGUGGGCGACUUUCGCCACUUCCUAGAGACUGGCAAAGACGCGACGCAACAGCAACCCAAUGAGUAAUUUUACACAAUGAAAAGAGGCCGUCGAAAGCGGGUCUCAAACUGUAUUUUCGAGCUAGCCGAGUAGAGUCGAUCGGAAGCGAAAAUGGAAGCUAUACCUAUCUCGGAUGCAGCCUCAGAUGUCUCCGAAUGGUAGUGAAGGUGUCGUGGUCGUCUCACUGGUUCGCGUGUCUGCUGGAGUUGUAUCUGUAGUCGAC